GUGACUACUUGACGAACGUUGGCUUUUGUGUGGGAUAAGCAAUUCUCUCAAUUCCCGAUGGCCAAUCUCAGACUAAAGGAAGAUGUUUAAUUCUACCUGUUGAUGAAAAGGCACAGAAGCUGAUCAUAAAAUCUCAUGUCCUGAAAUCUAUCUCUAAAAUGAGUGUUGAUAAGGAAAGAUGUAAGGGGGAUGUUCAGUACCAGAGAGCACCAUGUCCAGAGCCCAGCUGCGUGUCUAUGAAAAGUGAGAACUCAAUGUAUCAAGCCCGUGAAUUCAGUGAUGAAGCAGUGACCUCUGACACUAGAAAGACAGCAGCAUAUCCAGUAUCCAGCUGUGUGUCUAUGAAGAGUGAUGACUCAAUUGGUCAGCCUCCAAAUCUCAGUAAUGGAACAGUGACCUCUAACCCUGUUGAUGAACACAGUGAUCCGGGGAAUCAUCUGACCUGCACUUUAUACUUAGUAGAGACUGACAUCACACACCAGAGAAUCAAAGACACUCACAAAACAUGCAUGAAGAACAAAUUUGAGAGUUUAUUUGAAGGAUUUAAAUUACAAAAGAAUCAAACUUUGCUGAACAGAAUCUACACACAGAUCUACAUCACAGAAGGAGAAGGUGAAGGAGUGAAUGAAGAACAUGAGGUUGUUCAGAUGGAGAAAACACAGAGACCAAAACACUCACAAGUCACCCCAAUCCACUGCAAUGUCAUCUUUAAACCCUUACCUGAACCAGGAUGUGAGGAGAAAGACCAAAUUAAGACUGUUCUUACUAAGGGCAUUGCUGGAAUUGGCAAAACAGUUUCUGUGCAGAAGUUCAUUCUGGAUUGGGCAGAGUGCAAAGCCAAUCAUGAUGUAGAUUUCAUGUUUGUGCUUCCAUUUCGUGAGUUGAACUUGAUUAAAGAUCGCCAGUACAGUCUUCACAGACUUCUGCUGGACUUUUAUCCUGAACUUCAAGAUCUGGACUCAAAGAUUUAUGAGAAGUGUAAAGCUGUCUUCAUCUUCGAUGGUCUGGACGAAAACAGAAUUACACUGAUGUUUUCACACAGACAGAAAGUAUCUGAUGUUAAUGAGAUUUCAUCAGUGGAUGUAUUGAUAACAAACCUCAUCCGAGGAGACCUUCUUCCUUCCUCUCAUAUCUGGAUCACCUCCAGACCAGCAGCAGCCAGACUGAUCCCCUCCAUAUACAUCAACCGUGUGACAGAAAUUCAGGGAUUCAGUGACCCUCAGAAGGAGGAAUAUUUCAAGAAGAGAAUUAGUGAGCAGCAUCAAGCCAACAGAAUCAUCUCACAUAUCAGAAGAGCAAGAAGCCUCCACAUCAUGUGCCACAUUCCCGUCUUCUGCUGGAUCUCAGCCACUGUGCUUCAAGACAUCCUAAAACACAAUGACAGUGCAGAAAUCCCUAAAACUCUGACUGAAAUGUACAUACAUUUCUUGCUCAUUCAAAUAAAUACAAGGAAUCAGAAAUAUGAAGAGGACACUAUAGAGAAGCUCCUUAAGUCAAAUAGAGAAAUGAUUGUGAAACUUGCUAAAUUGGCUUUCAAACAGCUAAUGAAGGGCAAUUUGAUUUUCUAUGAAGAGGACCUGAUUGAGAAUGGCAUAGAUGUCACUGAAGCCACAGUGUAUUCUGGGAUUUGCACCGAGAUCUUUAAGGAGGAGUCUGUGAUUCAUCAGAGAAAAGUUUAUAGCUUUAUACAUCUGAGCUUUCAGGAGUUUCUUGCUGCUUUCUUUGUGUUUCAUUCAUAUAUCACUAAGAACAUUCAAACAUUGAACACUUUUGAAUGGUUUAGGUUUAAGAAAAUCUCACUUUCUGAGCUACUACUAUCAGCAGUUGACCAAACCUUGUCUAGUAAGACUGGACAUCUGGAUCUGUUCUUACGGUUCCUACUGGGCAUCUCACUAGAGUCCAAUCAGAGACUCCUACAGGGCUUUCUUAUGUACACAGAGAACAGCUCAGAUAGCAUCAGGCACACCACUCGGUACAUUAAAAGCACAAUCAGAACCAAUGAUGCUUUUUCAGCUGACAGAUCCAUCAAUAUGUUCCUCUGUCUGCUGGAAGUGAAUGAUCUGACUCUUUACAAAGAGAUCCAGGACUUUGUGAAGUCAAACAAACACUCUAAGAAUAAACUCUCUGCUGCUCACUGCUCAGCAAUAGCUUACAUGCUUCAGAUGUCAGAAGAGGUGCUGGAUGAGCUUGACCUCAAGAAAUACAACACAACAGUGGAGGGUAGGAGAAGACUGAUUCCAGCUUUGAACAACUGCAGAAAAGCUUUACUGUCUCUCUGUUAUCUCACUGAUGAAUCCUGCAAAGGCUUGGCUUUAAGACUUAAAUCAUCAAACUCCUCCCUGAGAGAGCUGGACCUGAGUAACAAUGACCUGCAGAAUUCAGGAGUGAAAUUUCUCUGUGCUGGACUGAAGAGUUCAGACUGUACACUGAAUAUACUGAGAUUAUCUGGCUGUAUGGUGACAGAGGAAGGCUGUUGUUAUCUGGCUUCAGCUCUAAGGGAAAACCCCUCACACCUGAGAGAACUGGAUCUGAGCUACAAUUACCCAGGAUACUCAGGAGUGAAGCUGCUCUCUGAUCUUCUGGAGGAUCCACACUGUAAACUGGAGAAACUCAAUGUGGAUCAUGCUGGAGAGGUCAUGAUUACAGCAGGACUACGCAAGUAUGCCCAUGAUCUCACACUGGAUCCAAACACAGUAAACAUUCAUCUCUGUCUAUCUGAGCAGAACAGAAAGGUGACACGUUUGGAGGAGCAGCAGUCAUAUCCUGAUCAUCCAGACAGAUUUGAUUACUUUUCUCAGGUUCUGUGUAGAGAAAGUCUGUUGGGACGCUGCUACUGGGAGGUUGAAUGGAGCGGGUGGAGGGGGGCUGUUAUAUCAGUGGCACAUAAAGGAAUUAGCAGGAAAGGAGGAAGUGAUGAGUGUAGGUUUGGAUUCAAUGACAAGUCCUGGAGCCUUGAUUGCUCUGAUGACAUUUUCACUGUCUGGCACAAUAAAAAAAGCACUGACAUACCCACAAACCCAUUCUCCUUUAAGAGAGUAGGAGUGUUUCUGGACUCGCAUAAUGGCAUUCUGUCCUUCUACAGCAUUUCUGACACACACACAAUCACACACUUACACACAUUUUCCUCCAAAUUCACUGAACCCCUCUGUGCUGGAUUUAGGGUUUUUGUUGACUCUUCAGUAUCUCUUCAUCAGAUUCAAUAGCCUCCCCACAUCUUGUCAGUUAAGUUUCAUUAAAGGGGUCAUAUGAUGCAAUUUCAAGUUUUCAAGAUCUGUAAAGUUGCAAAGACUAAAGUCCCAAACCCAAAGAUAUAUUCUUUAUAGAAGUUAAGACUCAUCCACACACGCCUAAAACCCCUCGUUUAAACAUGCCCCCACUUGUCAUAACACCCCCCAAAUGUUCACUUAAAGAAAGAAGGCAUAUCCUUUGAUUCUCGAUGUUGCUGCCGCCAUGUCAUGGAGAUGCUGUUUUGUGAAACCGGAACUACUUUGUUUGGCCUUCAAAAGAGGACACAAAAGUGGUUAUGUUGUAUUUACAACACUGUUCCAGAACAGUUUAACCCAAAUAUUUUAGUGUGUGCAGCACAUUUUAUGGAGCACAUGUUCCAUUCGAAGUGCAUUGAAGUGUGAGAGACAUUAAUUCAAAUUGUAGUUAUUUACAGAGGUUCAUGAUGUCACACUUGUCAGAGUGUGAAGACAUUACACAGUGCAAAUCCAUGAAUUGAUGUUCCGAAGUAAGGUAACUUCAACAGAUUUCCCCUACUCAGGGAGUAAGGAUCAAUGAACACUGAGCACAGACCACGUCAGUGGGUAAACAGUCCAUGCAUGGAGCUCACUUCUAAUGAGCUGAUUAUCUGAACCAGGUGUGUUAACAAAGAGAGACAUGCAAAAUAUGCAGAGCUCGGGUGGGACUGGAAUUGAGAACCGCUAGUAUAGAGUAGUGCUUGUUGUUUGUAUUUUCUCUGAUCACAAAUGCAGACAUGGUCUUAUGUUUACGCAGCGCUUAAAAAAAUUGUUUCUAUGUACAUUUUUUUUUUAAGAAUUUGCUUAAGAUGCCUUAUGCAUUAUUCAAUUCUCUUAAGUGGUGUAAACUGUCUUAAUAAAUGUCUUGGGCAGGAUUCACAAAAUGGGUUGGUCUUAUGUGAACAAAAACAUUUCUGAGAAAUAUGGAUCAAUAUAUUGGAUCCUUGUGUCCAUCUUAAAGUGAGAGCAUGUUAAUAAACCUGCUGAUUGUGUGUCAUUAACAUUAACAACUACAUUUUCAUAUUGUUUUGUAAAAUGAAGUAUGAAGUAUAAAAAAGUGCAAAGUGCAUAAUUUUGUUUUAGGUGCUCAUAUUUUCACAAGGACAAUGUUAAAGUGUUUUUACUAUUUUAAUAGAUUUUUGUUAUUAAGAUAUAUUUUAUUGAAGAUUUCUGAAUAUAAUUUUUU